GAUAACCUUCUGCCUGUGCACACACCUGCCCCUCACUCCACCCCCAUCCUGGCUUUGGUAUGGGGGAGAGGGCACAGGGCCAGACAAACCUGUGAGACUUUGGCUCCAUCUCUGCAAAAGGGCGCUCUGUGAGUCAGCCUGCUCCCCUCCAGGCUUGCUCCUCCCCCACCCAGCUCUUGUUUCCAAUGCACGUACAGCCCGUACACACCGUGUGCUGGGACACCCCACAGUCAGCCGCAUGGCUCCCCUGUGCCCCAGCCCCUGGCUCCCUCUGUUGAUCCCAGCCCCUGCUCCAGGCCUCACUGUGCAACUGCUGCUGUCACUGCUGCUUCUGGUGCCUGUCCAUCCCCAGAGGUUGCCCCGGAUGCAGGAGGAUUCCCCCCUGGGAGGAGGCUCUUCUGGGGAAGAUGACCCACUGGGCGAGGAGGAUCUGCCCAGUGAAGAGGAUUCACCCAGAGAGGAGGAUCCACCCGGAGAGGAGGAUCUACCUGAAGUUAAGCCUAAAUCAGAAGAAGAGGGCUCCCUGAAGUUAGAGGAUCUACCUACUGUUGAGGCUCCUGGAGAUCCUCAAGAACCCCAGAAUAAUGCCCACAGGGACAAAGAAGGGGAUGACCAGAGUCAUUGGCGCUAUGGAGGCGACCCGCCCUGGCCCCAGGUGUCCCCAGCCUGCGCGGGCCGCUUCCAGUCCCCGGUAGAUAUCCGCCCCCAGCUCGCCGCCUUCUGCCCGGCCCUGCGCCCCCUGGAACUCCUGGGCUUCCAGCUCCCGCCGCUCCCAGAACUGCGCCUGCGCAACAAUGGCCACAGUGUGCAACUGACCCUGCCUCCUGGGCUAGAGAUGGCUCUGGGUCCCGGGCGGGAGUACCGGGCUCUGCAGCUGCAUCUGCACUGGGGGGCUGCAGGUCGUCCGGGCUCGGAGCACACUGUGGAAGGCCACCGUUUCCCUGCCGAGAUCCACGUGGUUCACCUCAGCACCGCCUUUGCCAGAGUUGACGAGGCCUUGGGGCGCCCGGGAGGCCUGGCCGUGUUGGCCGCCUUUCUGGAGGAGGGCCCGGAAGAAAACAGUGCCUAUGAGCAGUUGCUGUCUCGCUUGGAAGAAAUCGCUGAGGAAGGCUCAGAGACUCAGGUCCCAGGACUGGACAUAUCUGCACUCCUGCCCUCUGACUUCAGCCGCUACUUCCAAUAUGAGGGGUCUCUGACUACACCGCCCUGUGCCCAGGGUGUCAUCUGGACUGUGUUUAACCAGACAGUGAUGCUGAGUGCUAAGCAGCUCCACACCCUCUCUGACACCCUGUGGGGACCUGGUGACUCUCGGCUACAGCUGAACUUCCGAGCGACGCAGCCUUUGAAUGGGCGAGUGAUUGAGGCCUCCUUCCCUGCUGGAGUGGACAGCAGUCCUCGGGCUGCUGAGCCAGGUACAGCUUUGUCUGGUUUCCCCCCAGCCAGUAGUCCCUUAUCCUCCCAUGUGUGUGCCAGUGUCUGUCAUUGGUGGUCACAGCCCGCCUCUCACAUCUCCUUUUUCUCUCCAGUCCAGCUGAAUUCCUGCCUGGCUGCUGGUGACAUCCUAGCCCUGGUUUUUGGCCUCCUUUUUGCUGUCACCAGCGUCGCGUUCCUUGUGCAGAUGAGAAGGCAGCACAGAAGGGGAACCAAAGGGGGUGUGAGCUACCGCCCAGCAGAGGUAGCCGAGACUGGAGCCUAGAGGCUGGAUCUUGGAGAAUGUGAGAAGCCAGCCAGAGGCAUCUGAGGGGGAGCCGGUAACUGUCCUGUCCUGCUCAUUAUGCCACUUCCUUUUAACUGCCAAGAAAUUUUUUAAAAUAAAUAUUUAUAAUAAAA